AUGGGUAAGAGAAAGGAAGAAAGUAUUUUGAAGCCUGGAUCCCACAAAAGACAGAGACAAGAAUACACAGAUGAACAUAGCGAUGAGUCUAAUGAAGAAGAAAAUUCACAGUCAUCAGCUGAUAGUAAUUUCUCUUUACUGUCGACUGCAGGGGAAGUUGGCAUAAUUGAAAGUAUCCAGCUGAAGAACUUCAUGUGCCAUUCGAUGUUGGGGCCUUUUCAGUUUGGAUCAAAUCUCAAUUUUGUUGUUGGAAACAAUGGAAGUGGAAAAAGUUCUGUAUUAACUGCUCUUAUUGUUGGACUUGGUGGAAAAGCCACUGCAACUAAUAGAGGUUCCUCGUUAAAAAUGUUUGUACGAGAUGGAGAGACUUCUGCAGAUAUUUCUAUAACGUUGCGAAACCAAGGUAGAGAUGCGUUUAAACCAGAAGUGUAUGGUGGCUCUAUUAUUGUGAAUCAACACAUUAAUCUGGAUGGAAGCAGAAGUUAUAGACUGAAAAGCAAAUCUGGGACCUUAGUUUCUUCAAAGAAAGAGGAACUCGUAGGAAUACUGGAUCACUUUAAUAUACAGGUAGAUAAUCCUGUGUCUGUUUUAACCCAAGAGAUGAGUAAGCACUUUUUACAGUCUAAAAAUGAAGGUGACAAGUACAAGUUUUUUAUGAAGGCAACGCAGCUGGAACAAAUGAAAGAGGAUUAUUCAUCUAUUAUGAAAACUAAAGAAAAUACAUGUAUUCAGAUAGAACAAGGAGUAGAGCGUCUUCAAGAACUUAAGCUGCUUUAUUGUGAAAAAAAGGAACGUUACAAAAGCAUUGGGUUUGUGAAUGACAUGCGAAAUCAUCUUGAAGAUUUGAAACAUAAAAUGGCGUGGGCAGUGGUGGGUGAAAUGGAAAGAGAAAUACAGCCAAUCAAAGAAGGCAUCAGAGCUGAAGAAGGAAAUACAGAGAAGUUUGUUAAGAAGAUAGAAGAAUGCCAGGUGAAAGUGAAUGAAGCAGAAGAAAAGUACAAAGCAAUACAAAACAAGUUAAUAACAAUAAGUGAAGAAGCACAAGCCCUGCAUCCUCAGUGUAUUUCUUUGAAGGCUGAUGUGCAGGCAAGAAGAAAAGCAGUCAAUGAAGCUGAGGUACUUUAUAAUCGUUUCAAAACUGAGUUAAAACGUCUGGGAAAAGAUGAUGAACAGCUACGUAAACGAAUUGAAGAACUGAAAAGCAGUGCUAAUCAGGUUUCAGAGCCUGAAAAAUUAGAAAGACAAAGGAAAAUCACAUGCUUAAGGGAACAGUUAAAGGCGCUCCAUGAUGAAGAAAUAAUGAUUAGUCAACAGGUGGAUCAGUUUCAGCAGGCUAUAUAUAAGUGUAAGGAAGAACAUGCUAGACUUAGGAGAGAGGACUGUGAUGCGAAACAAGCACUGGAUGCCAAGCAGAAACAGCUGAGUGAGCUGAAAGAUAGUAAAACAAAUACCUUGAAAAGAUUUGGACCACAUAUACCAGCAUUCCUUGAAGCAGUUGAAAUAGCCUAUAGGCAAGGGCGCUUUAAACACAAACCGGUUGGACCUUUAGGUGCUUUCAUUCAUCCAAAAGAUGCUGAGCUAACCUUGGCUAUUGAAUCUUGUUUAAAGAGCCUAGUUCGAGCAUUUUGCUGUGAUAAUCAUAGUGAUGAAAGAACUCUUCAGCAACUGAUGGCAAAAUAUUAUCCACAUGGAUUUAGACCUCAAAUAAUUGUAAACAAAUUUCAGAAUGAAGUUUAUGAUGUUAGACACAGAGGAGUUCGUCAUCCAGAAUUCCCAUCGGUUCUCACAGCAUUGGAAAUAGAUCAUGCAGUGGUUGCCAAUUGUUUGAUUGAUGUGAGGGGUAUAGAAACAAUCCUGCUGAUUAAAAGUAGCCAUAAAGCUCGUGAAGUAAUGCAGGCUAAUCGGCCCCCAAAAAAUUGUAGAGAAGCUUUCACUGCUGAAGGUGAUCAAGUAUUUGAAAGACGGUAUUACUCUUCUGAUUACGUCAGACCCAAGUUCUUAAGCAAAGAUGUUGAAGCAGAAAUAAGUCACUUGGAGAAGGAAAUUGAAAACAAAAAGGCACAGUUGACAGCAUCUCAACAAUGUUUAUAUUCCAUUGAAAAUGAGAUUAGGCAGAAUGAAGAUCAUCUUCAUCAUCAUCGGCGACACCAGAAAGAACUACAGAUAAAAAUAAGAACAACAAAUGCAGAAAUAGCAGAUCUUGAAAAUAUGGAAGAACACCAGUCGGUGGACAUCCGUAUAUUAGAAGAUGAAGCUGAAGAAAAUAAGGGUAAGAUGGAGUCUGUAAAAAAAGACAUGCAGCAACAAAGCAGAAAAAUGGAAGAACUGAAAAAUGUUCUCCAGGUAGCUGAAAAAAACUUUGAAGAAAUGAAAGAAAAAAUUCAUCAAGUAGAAGAAAUUGGUGGUCCAAUUAAGGAUGAAUUAAACCAAGCUGACUCAGAAGUGGAAAACAGUAAACGCCGUUUGCAGCACUAUGAAGACAAACAGAAAGAACACUUGGCUUGCAUAAAAAGACAUAAAGAAUUACUAGCUGCCAAAGAAAAAGAAUUAGAGGAAAAAAUUGCACAAGCUAGGCAAAUCUACUCAGAGCGCAUAGAGGUCAGCAGAACUGUUAAGAGUCUUGAUGCAGAAAUGAAUCGCUUGAGAGAGAGAAUAAAUUCAGAAAAUGAUCGCCAUGGAAACAGAGAAGAAAUAGUACAGCAAUUUCAUGAUGCAAAGGAACGAUAUGAGGAUGCAAACAGUAAAGUGAAGAAUUUAAAGAAAUUUAUUAGGCUGCUGGAAGAAAUAAUGACACAGAGAUUCAAAAUAUAUCGGCAGUUCUUAAGGCUCCUUUCUUUACGAUGCAAACUCUACUUUGACCAUUUAUUACGUAUUCGAGCUUGCUCUGGAAAAAUACUUUUUGAUCACAAGAAUGAGACACUUUCAAUAACAGUUCAGCCUCGAGAGGAAGACAAAGGUGGCCUUAAUGAUGUGAGAUCUUUAUCAGGAGGUGAACGUUCCUUCUCAACAGUUUGUUUCAUUCUUUCUCUGUGGUCCAUUACCGAAUCUCCCUUCAGAUGCUUGGAUGAAUUUGAUGUCUACAUGGACAUGGUUAACAGAAGAAUUGCAAUGGAUAUGAUUCUUAAAGUGGCUGACUCUCAGCAGCAUCGCCAGUUCAUUUUGCUCACCCCACAAAGCAUGAGUUCUCUACCUACGAGUUCCCGUAUUCGAAUCCUCCGAAUGCAAGACCCUGAAAGAGGCCAAAGAACAUUGAAUUUCCAAAAUAGGAAUGACAAAGAGGAAGAUCAAUAA